CGCGCCUGCCCCGAAGGAACUUUGGCAUUUUCUGAAAGGUCAGCAGCUGCGAUUCCAGGCCACGUGGGUAACCUGAACUUCUAACAUUUAAAUGUAGCCGCGCCCGCGGCUGUCAGCCAGGGCUGGGUGAUGGCGAAGCAAAGCAGCCGGCUCUCCCUGAGUUGAGUGCGUGUCCGGCAGGGACAGCACACUUUUCCUCUCAGCGUCCACUCGGCGGAGCCGGGAGCCCCUUGGGGAAAAGCAAGGAUUCCUGCUAGGAGAAAGAUUUGCAGUCGCAUCGACCACCAUGGCGGACAGAAGCCCCUUCGAGACCGACAUGCUCACCCUGACCCGCUACGUCAUGGAGAAGGGGCGGCAGGCCAAAGGCACCGGAGAGCUCACCCAGCUUCUCAACUCCAUGCUGACGGCCAUCAAAGCCAUCUCCUCGGCCGUGCGCAAGGCCGGCCUGGCCCACCUGUAUGGAAUCGCGGGCACCGUGAACGUGACGGGAGACGAGGUGAAGAAGCUGGAUGUGUUGUCCAAUGCCCUGGUGAUCAACAUGCUCCAGUCCUCCUACAGCACCUGCGUGCUGGUCUCGGAGGAGAACAAAGAGGCCAUCAUCACCGCCAAGGAGAGACGGGGGAAAUACGUGGUCUGCUUUGACCCGCUGGAUGGAUCUUCCAACAUUGACUGCCUGGCCUCCAUUGGGACCAUAUUUGCCAUCUACAGGAAGACCACAGAGGACGAGCCUUCCGACAAAGACGCCCUGCAGCCUGGCCGCAAUAUCGUGGCCGCAGGCUACGCGCUCUACGGCAGCGCGACCUUGGUGGCUCUUUCCACGGGACAGGGAGUGGACCUCUUCAUGCUGGACCCAGCUCUUGGUGAGUUUGUCCUGGUGGAGAAAGAUGUUAAGAUUAAGAAGAAGGGGAAGAUUUUCAGCCUCAACGAGGGCUAUGCCAAGUAUUUCGAUGCAGCCACCACGGAGUAUGUGCAGAAGAAGAAAUUCCCCGAGGACGGCAGUGCGCCCUAUGGGGCUAGGUACGUGGGCUCCAUGGUGGCUGAUGUGCACCGCACCCUGGUCUAUGGAGGGAUCUUCCUGUACCCAGCCAACCAGAAAAGUCCUAAAGGCAAGCUCCGGCUCCUGUAUGAGUGCAAUCCCGUGGCCUACAUCAUCGAGCAGGCAGGAGGCCUCGCCACCACUGGCACGCAGCCAGUCCUGGAUGUGAAGCCCGAGUCCAUUCACCAACGAGUCCCCCUCAUCCUGGGCUCCCCAGACGAUGUACAGGAGUAUCUCGCCUGUGUACAGAAGAACCAGGCAGGCAGGUAGUGAGUCUGACCCCACGAGUCCUCUUCUUUCGUUGUGGACUAAGAACCCUAAGUGAGCGAACCAUGGAAAUGGUGGUGUUGAGAAAGCAGCAGCCAAAUCCACUGAACCCCCCAGCAACAUACUGCGAACCACCGGGUGUAGAUCCAGACGUCGCUCUGUGUCAGUGUAAAAGGCUGCAAAUAAAAAUAAAAACCCACCUGGGAAAAGA